AUGAAGGGAUGCCAAUCUAAACCCAAGCGCAGUGCCGAAAAUACGGAGGCUUGGAUUCUCGGUAGCGGAACUGCAUCUUUAGCAUCCGCGCUUUAUCUUUUCAAACACGCCAAAGUCCACCCAUCCAAGAUCCAUGUGCUAGAUAAGCAUAUCUCAUUGGAACAAGCGUCGCAUCACAAGGGCGAUUCCUUGGGCGGGUAUGAUCAAUUUGCAGGAUGCUUGCCCAUUCCCGUUGGUUCGCUCAUGAAAGAACUUCUUGCUACGAUUCCAUCCGCGACGGCUGAGGGACAAAGUGUUUUGGAUGAAAUUCAAAAAGCAGAAGCAAAUCGACUCUCCGCGAAGGGAGACGAUCAUACUUGUUUUGUGGCGCUGAAGAAUGGGGCGUUUGAACACAUACCGAUCGAAUCCCUGAAUCUCAGCCUCAAGCAUCGGACAAGUUUGAUAUUGUUUUUUCUCAAGCGAGAAAAAUAUCUUACAGGCAGCAAAAUUCGGGAUGUUUUCCCAGCAAGCUUUUUUGAAAGUCCAUUCUGGACUGUGUGGUCCGUCCAAUUCGGCUUUCAACCUUGGCAUAGUGCGGCAGAGUUCAGACGUGCUCUUCGUCAAUACCUUCCCGAGUUUCACACUCUGAGUAUCCUAAGCUGUCUUGACAUCACAGGUUAUUAUCAGUAUGAGUCUGUAUAUUUACCAAUAUACUUUUAUCUGCGCAGCUGCGACGUGGACUUUCAGUUCGGAGUCGAUCUCAAAAAUAUUGAGAUCACAAAACAUCACGAUCAGCAAACCAUCACUGGAUUGGACCUUAUUCGAGAGGGGCAUGAAGUGCACAAAAGUCUAGGAAAAGAUGAUAUCGUCAUUGCGACUCUGGGAUCUACAAUCUCUGGCUCAGAAAUAGGUACCAAUGAAAACCCACCACUGUGGCAGUCGAUGGCCGCAGACGACAUGCUGGACCAAAAUUGGUCUGCAUGGUUAGAUCUUGGAAACAAGCACCCAUCCUUUGGCAACCCUUAUCAUUUCUGUACACGCCAGCACGAAUCAAUGCUGGAAUCCUUUACUAUCACCACAGAGGAUCUUGGACUUUGGGAGAAUCUUCAAGGCCAAUUACGGUGCACUUCGGAAGCCGGGGCAUUCCUGUUUCUAGAAGACAGCGCGUGGAAGAUUAACUUGAGUAUCCCACCGCAGCCAGUCUUCUCCGAACAGCCGUCACAUGUCCGUGUACUUUGGGGCUUUGCGCACUCUCCCCUUUGCGACGGGAACUAUGUUCAAAAACCAAUGCUUCAGUGCUCUGGUGCAGAAAUUCUGACUGAGCUACUGGAGCAUCUAAAGCUUGGUGAAAAAGCGACAUCAUCACGCACCAUCACCAUCCCGCGUGCCAUGCCUCGAAUGAGCGCAAUUCUAUUGAGUAGAGCGCCAAAGGAUCGUCCUCAGAUCGUUCCUCAGGCGUUUUGCAAUCUCGGACUCAUCGGACAGUUUGUAGAGGUUCCGCGAUGUACCAGUGUGGAUAUCAGUUACGGUAUUCGAACGGCAAAAAUUGCAGUCUCUCGUCUGAUGGGCCUACAAACGCAGAUCGAGCCUGUGGGUUCCACUGCAAACUCCACGGCUUCUGUUAUCUGGAAGGUACUAUCUUGGUGA